UCAAGCCAAUCAAAGCUUUUUUUUUAUCUGCCUAAGUUUAUAUUUACAUUUGUGUUUCUAUCUGUAAAGUAGCAGUAACUUGUGAGUCUUUAGGACAGCGUGGAUGGUGACUCGGAACCACAUUCUGAGUCAGGCUGAGCAGACCCCUUGAAGGACGAUGUUGAGCCUACACAGAGACAGAGUUUGUGAGCAAAAUACGUUUUAAAAGCUGCAAGACUACGUAGCCGCUUCUUGCAUGGCAUGGCACAAUCACAGAAAAAACCUGCAAUAACAGAAUGAAGUGCAUAAUUGCACGAGUAUUGAGUUUGAGAGGAUGGUAUUAAUAAAGCUGGGUUCUUACUAAGUGAGAUUUCUUCAUACGUGAACUUUCUUAGACUCACAGGAUGCCAUUUAAAUACAUCUUUCAAAAUAGUUUCCUUCCAGAGUCCAAAUGUGGGCUGCACCUGAGCUUGGCAUUAGGAAAAAGUCACUCUUUGCCAGGGAGUAAAAGCCGUGGGAUUGAAGUUGGUGUUUUGCUCAGCAGUUAUCCAGGGGUGCAGUGAACUAGCAAAACCUUCUUGUAAUAGGUGGAACAGAGCAAUAAAAGCUGUUGACAAAGUAUCGCCCUAGGGCGUAGUUAGAAAUGGGAGAGGUCGUCUGCAUUUGACUAGAUUUCUUACUGCCUGACCCCUCAUGCUAGUGUUUACAGAGUUUGGAAACUCCUUUUAUCACAGGCUUUCCUUCUGACUGGUCCCUGAACGGGAGGCUGACUCCAGCAUAUCAGAAAAGGGCAGGAAAAUAUAUUAAUUUACAAGUUAUUAAAUAAAUAAACACCCCUGUGGAGGCAUCUGUUUUUCUGGGUGUAGAGUUACUUACGCUGGGUAGGGCUAAGGAUUUCCUGGCUUGCUUUACACUGGGUUGCAGAAACGAAGCUUUUGCACUUCGCUUUGCGGGUCCGCUCUUGCGGUUUCAUCGAACAAAGCCCCGGCGAAAUCCCUGGGUUAUGAAAUAUUUCCUCUCCGCCGGGUCCCAGACAAGAGAUGGCAUCUGCAGAGCCAGAAAAGGAAGUCCUUGCCUUAUAGAGAGCGCUCUCGGUGUGACACAAUGGCUGAUAUAAAGUGUCGGGGGAGCUGAGCCGAAGGCAAAGGAACAAAGGAAGAUCAAGAUUCGGUGGCUGUCUCGGACAAAAGGAAAGCGGACAGCGUCUCGGGGAUGGAUAAAUUUAAGGCUGCGCUUGUGCUGGCUGGGGUAGGGGAUGCUCUCGGUUAUCGCAAUUUCUCCCGAGAAAACAACGCCUUAGGUGCCAAAAUCCAGCAGGAGCUGAAGGAAAUUGGAGGGCUUGAGAACCUGGUGCUCUCUCCCGACAAGUGGCCAGUAAGUGACAACACGCUCAUGCACAUGGCUACAGCAGAGGCUGUCAUCACAGAUUACUGGUGUUUGGAAGACCUGUACCGGGAGCUGGUAAAGCGCUACGUGGAUGCUAUCGACAAGCUCUCGGGGAGGCGGCCAGACCCUGCUACCAUCGAAGGCUGCAGGGAAUUAAAACCAGACAACUACCUUCUCGCUUGGCACACACCGUUCAAUGAAAAGGGUUCUGGAUUUGGAGCAUCCACAAAAGCCAUGUGUUUGGGGAUGCGGUACUGGAAGCCGGAAAGGCUGGAGUCUCUUAUCGAAGUGAGCAUUGAAUGCGGGCGCAUGACUCACAACCAUCCUACAGGCUUUCUGGGGUCCCUGUGCACAGCUCUUUUUGUGGCAUACGCAAUACAAGGGAAACCCCUCGUGCAGUGGGGAAGGGAGAUGAUGAAGGUUGUGCCGAUGGCUGAAGAAUACUGCAAGAAGACCAUUCGCCACAUGGCAGAAUAUCAGGAGCACUGGUUUUACUUCGAAGCCAAGUGGCAGUUUUAUUUGGAGGAGAGAGAAAUCAAUGAGGAAAAUCAGAAUAAACCUGUCUUUCCGGACAACUAUGACGCAGAGGAGAGAGAAAAGACGUACCGGCGGUGGAGCUCCGAGGGCCGGGGGGGGAGACGAGGCCACGAUGCCCCCAUGAUCGCCUACGACGCCUUGCUGGGCUGCGGCGGGGACUGGACGGAGCUCUGCAACCGCUCCAUGUUCCACGGAGGAGAAAGCGCGGCUACCGGGUCUAUCGCCGGCUGCCUGUACGGCUUGGUUUACGGCAUGAGCAAGGUCCCCAAAGGAUUGUACCAGGACCUGGAACAACGGGAGAGGCUCGAGUACUUGGGCGAGAAUCUUUACCGACUAUCCACGGAGGAAAACACCAAAAGCACACGCUUUUGCGGAGAUGAUAAGAUGCUGGUAGACCCUUUGGUGCUGAAGAAGAAGCUCAAUAGGAUGGCGACAGAGCAAGGGGCCUUUGCUGUUCUCAGCAGCCUGCUGCUGUACGUCACCGAGCUCGCGGCCGGCGAUCCACAGCUCAGCAACAAGAGGACAAAAUGGGCAGAAGGUAAAGAAAACAAGAGAUACAGCACUAGGAGACUCAGACGCAGCACCCUGCAUUCAGGACAAGUCAGGCAGAGUCAUCUUGUGAGGGUUAAGUUUUAGGUUGCUGCAUGACUUAAUCUCUGCUGGUAAGACAUAAAUCAUCCAUCCAAGUCAAUUGACUGUUCCUCCCUGAAGAGCACUUAAAACAUGACAGAGAUUUGCACUAAAUGCAUCCUUAAGGGUAAUGCCUCACUUAAGCAAAUCAGCAAGUUUUGUUUCAGGAGUUGACACAAUUAAUCCUCCAGGAAAGGAGAGAGCAAGGCCAUACGAAUUCCAGUGGUGAUGGCUAGAAGAGCAGUAGAAGAUUGGUGUGUCUUGCAGUCAACAGCCCAAAACAAGCCGCUCCAGACCAUGCUGGCAGGAAAUUUAGCACUGGUGAUAAGCAAAGAAAAGUCAGAAAUGGGUAUUUCGGAAAGAACGGGAGUUCGAGGAAGGGUACGCAGAUCUACGCCGGCUGUGCCAGAAGGGGUGCAAAUGGCAAGGCUCGGACCUUGGUGACGCCCUUGCCCAAGGGAGAUACGCAACAGAAAAUAAGGUUUCAUUCCCAGUGCCCAGGAAUCCUUCCCGGCCUCCUUUGCCCCAGGAGGAGAGGUCCCGAGCCUCUGCUCUCCUUUAAGCACAUCUCCCACCUCGUCACAGGAGAGGCGGUGGAGGGAGCCCUCCCAGGCUCCUAUUUCACUUUGUCUGACCGGGUAACAGGUAUUUUUGACACAUCUGCUGGCACAUCUCUUGGCUUUCGUGGUUUUGCAUGGUGGGUAUAAUUCUGUACAGUUCUGUUGCUCCACCAUGCUACAGCCUUCUGCUUUACUAAAACGCAUCUUUCGAGGCAAGCAUCUCUCAAGGUCACUGAAGGCACUAGGUUCUUAGCCCUCACUAAAUGCAGCAGGAGGGGUUUCUUGCCAGUUUUAGUAAUGCUUCCUUAAAGCCCUGGCUUUGCUAUAGACACAGACAGAUAAUCAAAACCAGGCCAGGCACACAGAAAAUAAAGAAAAAACAAAGCCCAGGUGGAAAAGGUUUUUCAGCAUUACACCUCUGUUGUGACACAGUUUGAACUUUCAGAUUCUUAUGCAAUUAACCUCUGAUAGAGAUUUUUUUUUAAGGAGACUGGACAAAAUGAAUGACAAUGUCAUUUCACCAGGUGUAACCCAUUGCUUUGGAUUCUCCAAAGCAUAGAUUUCCAGGAGCUUUUGAAAGCCUGAAUAAAGGAGGUGUUUAAGGGGAGUCCCGACUCCGAGCUGGAACUGGGGCACCUGAAGGGUCCCAGCUGAAGAAACUGGUCUGAGGUGGGUUCGGUGGUAAGUGGUGGGGUGGAGGUCGGGGCAAGCAGAGAAGCCAUGCAGGCUUCCAGGAGCAGCCAUCAGUAAAGUCUUUCAGAUUUUUUAUGUCCCCUCUAAUUAGGCCAUAGUAAAAAAUCUCCCCUAGCACUUCGUAUCAGCAGGACACCUCUCAGAUGGGCUUAGUCGUAGGGGAUUCGCAGAAGGAUUGGUUUGGGGUGAUUUGGGUAGCCAAGCAUGGACCCAAAAAAACCUGCGCGCCGGUGUGGAAGCACAGUCUCCUUCCCACCGUCAAACACGUGCCCAUCAUCUCCUACAGCAGCGCAGCCCUCAGCUGAGAUGCUUGGAGGUCAGCGGAACAGACCCGGGUCUCCAGAGUCCCAGCUUUGUAAAGAGACCACCACUUUCUCCAAAAGUUUCAUGAAGCGAACGUGAUGCCCGUAUUUCUGGGGCUUCAAGAGAGCUCAGAGGACCCAGGGAAGGGCUGAGAGCUCCCUCUCCCCCCCAGCUCAGAAAGCCGUGCUGGAUGAGCGCUGCCUCCAUGAAACUGUAACGAACAGCUCCCGCUUGCUGAUUUCUUUUUUUUUUUAAGUUGAAAGAGGGCAUAUAAAGCAUAGCCACUCUCAGCAAAAACAGCCCAAGCCCUGAGAAGUUUUAGCCAGUGGAAGAACUCAGGCCAGUGCUGUAGCAUGAGGCACGACAGGUCCACAUCAAAGUUAGGAAAUGUGUCACUACUUUUCUCCAGACCUCAAAACCGGGAAGAAACUGUUGACCUGGUAGUGCUGUCUGAUUCCAAAUUGUUCAAAUGAAACAAAAAAAAAAUUAACGAAUGCACACUUCUGGCUCUGAACUGUGAAAUAACUGAGUAAUUUAUCAGCAUCUUCUGGAGUUGUUUCUCAGAUGACCUUUAACACAUCAUGCAUGAUAAAAAAGAUAGAGACCAUGACCUUAAGUGGUACAAUUUACCUCAGGUUUUCGCUGUUAUACUUUUUUGGAUAUCAGUGGAGCUGGUAAUAGAAGAAAGCACUAAAGAGAAUCGAAAAGACCUCAUAUUAAAAUGCAGCUCCCCCUUCGCCCCCAUUUUAGCUUUUUCAUCUCCACCUGCGCCAGCAGAUCCCAGCACACCGGGAUUAUUCAGGAUUUCGGUGAAGCAUCCCGAGGAGCCGCAGAGGAGAUCUCUGGGCUGCUGACAGGAAUAACGCUCCACCUAAUGGCUGCAUUUGUAAAGCAGGGAUGAAGGCAGAGGAAAAGUGGGAAUAGUGAUAGGAAUAGUAGGGAAAUUCAGGGAACCAUUUCUUCUCUUAUUCCUGUGCCGGUGAGGACUGUACAUCAUCCAGAAGGAGCUCGUCUGUGUGACCAGAGAAACCUUACAAGUAAUAACUGGGGAUCCUUAUGGCUUUUGGGGUGGGGGGUUGCUCUGUAGCACAAGGAAAUCUCUGUUGCCUGAGCAAUAAGCAUAGAGGUAUUAUCAGCUGUUAGGAGAAACAAUUUUAACUACUUCACUCACUAUGUGGUUUCCAAAAUGUGUCAUGUCCUCCAAGCUUUAUUUCUCUCUUUCAUUUCUGUGAGCAUCUCUUUUUAUAGAAUGAAGCAUUUUUCACUCCUCGAUGAGAACUUUCAGCACAGGAGGAAAAUCUUGCUGGGUAUCUGCUUUCCUGCCAACUAAAAGACUUUUUGUGUACUGAAUAGCCAAAGCAGCAGCAGGUCAGUAUUUUACCUCUUUACGACCUGAAGGAACUGAAACAGUUUGGGGAAUUGCUAGACACCUCCCGCUAUGGUGCUUGGUUUGUCCUUACCAUGCCUUCAGUCGCUUGUAUUUCACUGAGCUGCAGGUGCAAGAGCAACUUGUAAGAUGGUGGGAUUUUCACUUGGCAAGCAAGUGCUACAGCAGCCUUUCAAUGAUGCGUGUCAUGCAGCAGCAGAAAUAUACUGCCAGAGGGAAAAUUUCCUGAGAUAAUAAAGCCAUAAAAAUCUAUAAUGCACUGAACCGGUUAGCCUCAAAAAGCCACCAAAUAACUAUUCGAGCCUAUGUUUUUGAAAAUGGCUAGUGAUUCCAAAUAUCCAACAUGGGACACCUUAUCAAAGGAUCUGAUUUUGGGGGGAAGUGCUCAGUACUUGCUGUCUGAAAAUCAAGCUUCAUUCAUAAGAUGCCUUAUGUUAGGCAACUAAAGCCCCUUCUAAAAAAAUUGACCCAGAUUUCUGAAAUACAGGAGACUUUCACAGGCACCUACUUGCCCCUGCAUCUACAAAAAAAAAGGCUGAGAACAAAAGAAUUGGUGAGCAGGGACCGGCCAGCUCGCCACGGCCCUGUGGGUGAAUGGAGCCAGUGCAGGUUGCUUUUCCCGCACGGAAUUGCAGCCACUUUCUGCAGACAGCACACCUUUUUGGCCUCACCACGGCAGUUGCUAAGCCAGCCGCUCUGGCCCUUGUAGGGAUGUGAGAGAGUCUUAAUGUGGUUGAGAUGCACCUAAAAAGAAGGUGAGUCCUUCCUAUCGCUGUGCUCCCCGAGGCUUCUGGAAGGAAUGAAAGCAAGAAAACUCUUGGACACUGUAGAGCCAGUCCAUCCUUAUCAAGAAACAACUGUGUUUAGUCAAGUUACACCACCAGAGUGAAAUGCUUGUGUCCCUUGGUAUUCGUACCAAUACAACGGACUACCCAAAGGCAGCUCUGGAUUGCUAGCCCCAGUUACUGAGAUCUUUCAUUCUUCUGAAGAAUGGGAACAGUGCGGGCAGCGGUGAUCCAAGCGCCCAAAUAGGGUCCCACCAAAUGUAUCUCAGCUCUAACUAUCUCCAGACUCCAAGAAACUUAUCGCAGAAGAACAGAAAUCCCCAAAAGACAUCUUCUUUAUUAACUCAUUUAAAUUGCACCCCUCAUGUAACAAGAAAGCCUGUACCAUUGUCAUAUCACACAGAUUUCUUAAUAAAACUGUUUUCCUUCUUA